AUGGGGAACGACUGUACAUCCCCAUCGCAUCCCCAUCCCCAACGAUUUUCCUUUCCCCCCGCGUCUUCCUUCUCUCUUGCGGUCCCACCUCCUUCCUCCUACCCUCAAGCCUACCGUACUGUGGGCCCUCGCCAUAGCCGCAGUCAGCCCUCCUUCCUCUGCCGUCUCAUCGCCGCCGCGACCGUCCUGUUCGCCAUCCUCGGCCUGCUCUUCUUGAUCACCUGGCUCGUCCUCAAGUCCCGCCUACCGGAGUUCCGGGUCGACUCGGUGUCUGCCUCCCCUCUCAAUACGACUCGCUCCCAGUUAACCGCCGCGUGGAACAUAACCCUCGUAGUCCGUAACCCCAACACCAAGCUUAGCAUCUACUACGACCGUGUGUAG